CCUUCAAAAUGGAAUCUGAAUUACAACCAAAUUUGGUCAAGAAUCAGCCCAAAGAGCCCCAGAUUCUUAUUGAAUCUGAUGAGGAUAGUGACAGCGUAAGCUCUGAUAGCUAUGAGCUUUCUGUACAGAAGUCUAAUAAGCCAGGGAAAUGAAUUAUGGUCAAAUAUAAAUCUGUGGGAAAUUCACGACAUAGGCUCGGAAGUGAAGAUAUAGCUCUAAAGACCAUAAAUCAAAGCGGGAAAGAUACCAGAGCUCCUAUUCACGAAGGUUCAAAGAAUAAUCUUCUUAGGAAUGCCGAAGAAAGUAAUGCUUCCAUUUCAGUUGCGAUGUUUGGCCUUGGGUCCUUUGAAAAAAACUAAAUCAGAUUCCCAAAUGGUGAACUCAAAAACGCCGAGUAAACUUAACCAAUCGCAGACUGCCUUUAACUUUGCAGUUGGCAAAUGAUUAAAACCAGUAGAGGAAGAGGAUAAGAGCAAAUCAUCAGAAAAGGAGGAAUUCCAACCAUUCAACCAAGAAUAUCUUUUCGGAAAAGAAUACAGGGAAAGCUUUAAGAAAUCCAAAUAUAAAAUGAUGCCUCAUAAACCAGGGCAGCCCGAAAACAUCAGCGAUGAAAGGUGUUCUGAAGGCCCUAUUGCUCGAAACUGAGUUUAUGAAUUUGCUCCGAGGGAGAACACAGUCUUGUUCAAGAAAGGGAGCACAAGGCCUCCUUUCUAAGUCACAGAGGCUAGAAGUUGUCUGAAGGGCAUACUAACACGGCCCUUCUUCUGAGCUGAGUUCUUUGCAUUUACUACCCAAGAUCUUUUAUUAC